AUGAAAACUGGAAAUCCCUCGACCGCUGAACCUUGUUUUGAUUCGGGACCCGACAGUGGCUAUCCAACUCCUCGAGACACUGAGAAUGUUGCCGAUGCUUCGGUUUUUCUUGCAAUAUCAAGUUCGUUCAAUUAAUAGUUCUAGAAUCGUGUUUAUGAAAACUUGGAACCUCCGUUGACGUCAACUCCACUUCGGCGUUGUCGUUCCAACACAUUAUUUGCUCACUUCGAGUAUGCUUUUUUCGAAAAAAGUAACUUUUUUUCGGCUUUCAGAUCUUUCAAAGAAGAUUUAACAUUCGUGGAAGGCAACCCUACCAUACUCUCAGAUGAAAACAAACAAAAAAAAGUUGUUCGUACGUAUUCACAACUUUUUGAAUAUUAUAUGUUAUUAAGGAGCCUUUAGAGUGUAUUAAAUGUAUUCUGAACAUGAGCAAAGAAAUCAAGAAUAAAGACGAAGAGCUGAUGCGCACGAAAAAUGAAUCAGUUAUACUUGCAAACGAAAAUUUGGAGUUGAAGUACGAGGUAUAACUUUUGACACGUAUUGAAAUACUUGAAUACUGUUCAGGUUGAUUCAUUGAAGGGGAAUUCAAUCCUCUACAACGACUUUCUUGAUCGCGGCGACGAAAAUAUGGUUUUAAUCCCUUCUAAACAACAUUUUCAUCGUUAUUUCUCAUAGAUACCAACAUUUUCCGGCAUCGCUAUUCCAAAGUUGGCUUUAGAAGUGAAAGUAUCUUUGAAAAAUUGUCUCUGAGCUAUAUUUUACUUUUACAGGACGAGGCUAUCCAAGUAGAUAGUCUGAAAGAGGAGUAUAUCAGAUCUCAAGAGGAGUGGAAAAAAGAACGCUCACUGCUGGAAAAUUCUUUACGUUCGGCAAGGAUAAUCUCUCACGAAGCGUGUUCAUUCUGUCUUUAGAUGCAGCCAACAGUUGUAUCGGCCUCAGCUUUCGUCAAAGUUGACAUGGAAGUCUCGGUAUUUUGAUGAUUUUUUUCAAACGCAAAAGCAAUCAUUCCAGGAUGCUGAAGUUCAAACAGAAUUUUAUGAAAACGCUCAAAAAUUUGAAGUUCGGCAGGUGUUCAUUUCAUACUUUUUUAGAAACGUAUUUAGAAUAUGGUUGAUCUCACUGCGAAGCUGCAGAAGUUAGAGGAAGACAAAGCUUUAUUAGAAAACAAAAUCUCCGAGCACUCUUCUGAACUAUCGAAUUUGAACCAAGUUUCCAACGAAGACAUUAAAAAAAAAGAGCUGGUACGUCAUCUUUUUCUAUGAAAAUCAGGACUAUCUGCAAGGCUCAGAGAAUAGAAAAUUUGGAACUGCGGCUGAAGAAAUUCCGGAAGGAGAACGAAGAACUGCACGAACAGGAACGUCGCUUACUGCAAGAUCUCGAGCUCCUAGGCUUCGAAAAAGAUGAGGCUUAUUCCAAGGUUUCUUUUAUUUCUAGUUCUGAUGACUGUUCCUUUAGAUAGCUGAGACGGAAAAGCUAGUCGACGAAAGAAAUCGAGAGAUCUUAGUUUUGGAUGAGCGGAAUAAAGAGCAAAAACAACAGUUGGAAGAGUUGGAAGCAGCUGUAGAGUCUUUGAAAGUGGAUAAGCAGGAACACGAAUUGCUCGCUAACAGUUUGAAGGUUUCAAUACUCUUUUUAUCGUUCUUCAUUCAGUUAUAAAAUUAAGGAGAAUUUUUUGAAGAAGGAAGAAGAUCUACAGCUCCGAUUAAAGGAAUCUGACGCCAAGUAUUUCGAGGCUCUUCAAUUGGAGAAAGAGAAUGAGGUAUUCCACAAUUACAGUCUGAAUAGAAUAGAAAAAAAAAGUUUAACUUCAUUCAUUUUUAUUUUAGUAGUUCAGAGUUUAAGAAAAAUAGGGAAAUAAUUUUUUUCAAUCAGUAUUGAUGUUUUAUAGCAAAUAGCGAGAAUGAAAGAUGAGCUAAUGAAGUCGAAUCUCAAUCUGGAGUGCGAUAAAAAUGGUUUAAUUUAGCGUCGACGCGAAAAUUUACGGAACUAUCUAAUUUAUAGAUCUUUUGACGAAACUGUCCCUGCUCGAGAACGAAGUAGAGAGUUUAAGCUCUAACUUAUCCCUGGAGCGCAAACAGAGAACUCUCAUUGAGGAUCAAACCGAAGGCCUCAAAUUUCAGUUAAAACAGGUUUUUUUCAUUCUUCUAAACCUGAUGAAAGAUAAAAAUAGGCACAGGAAAACGAAAGCGAGCUGCAGGUUCUGCGUGAGAAAAACGAUCAACUUUUAGCCGAAAUUGAUCAUUUACGCAAGGUUUUAUCAUAGAAGAAGUUCGCAAAGUUAAUUAUUUCAGCGUUCUGAGAAAGCGGAAAUAGAAGGCUUGAAAGAAGUAAAAGAAGAAUUCGCGGAAAACUUGCGCUUGCACAACAUUUUACAAACGGAGUUCGACGCUCUAAAAGAAGCUGAAGUGAGUUCCUGGGUCGCGCUCAUGAAAGUUUUGUUUUUCAUUGUACCUUGACGACGGAAUUUAGUUGGCUAUGUAUGCGUGGAGUUUUUAGUAUUGAGGAAGUACCUGAAAAAAGCGUAUUUAAAAGUUCAAAAUAUCACCUUUACACAUUUAUUCAGUCUUCAGAGAAAAUUCUCUGCUGAAUCAUGGAGAAAUCGAAGAGUUGUUUGUCGGAUCGCGAAACUGUCGUUGAUCAAGAAAGGGGAGUAGAUCAUUACGUCUUUCUUGAGAUAGUAGUAGCCGAAUGUUAAGCGUUUCGAAGAUCAACUGCAUCUCCAUUGAGGAACAGUACGACGCCCAGCUUGUCCAGGGCUGGCGGGCGUCUGAUUGAAUCUCAGACGAGAGCGGAGCAUAUCGAAAACAUUUAUUACUAUUAUAAAAAGAAUAGGAGGUUCAGAGAAGGAGAAGACUCGAUCGAUGCUUAGUUACCUAUCACAAGUUGUUUCAAGUAGGAAUAGGAAAAAUCAAUGAAGGUCUAGUAUUCAAACAAAGAAAAGAAUCAUGAGAGAAUUUGAGAAAAACUCCUUUUACGCAAAAGAUGUUUGAAAAGUAGAGAACUUAUCUUAGAGCUUGAAAUCUUAUCGCAUAUGAACAGCUCAAUUUUAAAUAUUGAUUAUCUUAUUCGUCUUUAGGCGAAUUCGAAAGCCCUGAUGCAACGUUUGGAAUCGGAAAACGGCGAGAGAAAAGCUGAGAUCGUAAAGUUGGAAGAAGUGGUUUCCCAGCGCGAAAUAGACUUGGUAGACAGUUGACAGGGUUUUCAAAAAGAAAAAUCGAGUGACAGGUAAAAGUCGAAGAAGCUUACAAAGGUUCCAUCCAAGAUUACGAGUCGCUGAGCAGGGUGCGUGAUUUAAUACUGCAAGACUAUGAAAAUUACAAGGUUUUUUCGCUCAAAAACUUUUUGAAAGGAUCGAAUCUCCAGGAGAGGGCACAGGAACAGUAUUACCGAGAUACGUCAGCUUACCAAGAAAAAGUCAGACAACUCGAGGAGUGUUUGGUCCGGCUUGAAACGUACCCAGGUAGUUACUUCUCAAAAAACUCUUCAGUCCUCUUUUUCUCAAGUUGCAAUGUUUUUGUGCUUUGAGUGGAUUUCUAUUCCUUUGUUUUGCAUAUUCUAAAACUUGCCUAGCCUUAAACUUUUCGGCGAUUCCUUUAUAUUUCAUUCAAACAAUCAAGAUCUCUUCUUUUCAAAUAUUAUCUCCAGCACUUCAAAACUUGAGCAGAGAAAAAUAAAGUUCGCAAGAGACUUAUCAGCGAAGUUAUAACGUACUCCAUCUAUUAGAUCAUUCUGUCCAAGGACUCAUUUUAUUUUUCCGUGUUAAUGAUGAUGAAAUUUUCAUUUUUCUAUCUAUCGAAGAGCGGUUUCUUUCAUAAAAAUGCUCUAUAAAAAUGAAUAUUUUGAAAGUUUCAGCUCCUCUUCUCAAAUAGUUUGAAAAUAGUUUGGUGUCGAUAAAUUCCGACUUUUUCAAGUUUUACCGACAGAAAACAGAAAAAAAUAUUUUCAGUCUUACAAAGUUCAGAGGGUUUCAGAAUAUUAACGCACCUAUUUAAGGUCAAACAAUUCCUGUAGAGCUGGUGAACCGGGCAGUUCAAGUCGACGAAGAAUUGAGCGAAAACGUUGAAAAACCACAAGAAAUAGUUUAUUGUAAUGCAGGAACAUCCACUGAAGAGUAUAGAGGUUCGCUGAAAAUGCUGAGCCGUCUUGGACGGAUUCAUUCAGAACCUGUGCGCCAGAAGCCGGCGGACGUCAACCGAAAGUUGGACGAACUGAUUGAAAAACUCGCUAAGUACAAUGCAGUGAGCCUUCGAUUCAAUUUUUUUGGAGCAAUCAAUAAAAAUCAAUUUCAUCGAUAAGUUUGAGAACGAUGAUAUGCCUCUGGCCAACGAAUGUCGCAAAAUCGUUGUUCAUCUUCUCGAAGACGUCAACUCAGAACAGAAGUCCUCCGUUGCUUCCGUCAGUUUUUUCAUCAACCUACCUAUUUUUUCAUAUUGAUUUUCAGGCUAGUCGCUUCAGAGAGUCUUUAUUGAAAAUCUUGAAGGCUGACCAAAACAUUUGGAAGUCAAAAGUUGAUGAGAAUGAAAAAUUAAGCGAUAGACUCGAAGAUAAGGUCCGAAGACAUGACGAAAAACUUAUGUUCGGAUGUUACUUUAACAAUUUCUCAGUCGAGUUCUUUGCAGGCAGUUGAGGAAAAAGAACGAGGAAAUGGCCGAACAAUUGAGCGAAGAACUUGCCUCGCAUGCAAAUGCGAUCCGUCGAAGCUCAGAUCUCGAGUUAGUCGGUUUCUGGAGUUCUCAGCAAGUCAGGGAUUUCAGAAGUGAGAUAGCCGUGCUAAAUAAGCUGCUGGAAACUGAGAAAGGGAAGUCGCAACACAACCAUGCACUUGCCUUCGGGUUUAAAGAAGAGUUCGAGGUGUUCAGUUUGCGAUUUUCAACCCAUUUUUCUUUUUUUUGAAGUUCCAAUUAGCGAAGAGAAAGGAGUUGGAAGAAGAUUUGCAAAGAGUGUUUGAGCAACACCAGGAGGAGAAACUUUUGAGGGACGGAGAGGAAAAGGAUCUGCGAAAAAGACUCGAGAUGGCUGAGAGUGAACUUGAAAGGUAAAGUUUAUAAGGUGUGAAAAUGAGUCAUCGAACAUCAUUUUCUCUGACCCUGACUCAUCAGAGUGAGAAUAAGCAAAGCUAGUAUGAAAUUUCAAAAGUCAGAAAAUUUUGUUGAUUUCUUAGUUCUUAGCUAACUUGAUAUUUUUCAGAGAGAAGAGAGUGAAUAUGAAGACAGGUGAAGAGCUUUUGGAAGAGAACGAGAGACUUUCUGAGAAUUUGCAAGAGGAGUCUUCAAGACUCAAAGCUUUCCUCAAGCGAGGUCAUUUUUAUUUUGUUACAUUGGUUACUCAAGUUUUCGCAGAAGCUGAGCUGCAGCGAGAGAUUGAAAGUCGCGAGGAGCGUAUAGUUCAAUGCAUGAAAAAAAGGGUACGGGAGUUCUUAGUUUUGAAAAUGUAGCAUUUGAAUUUUCUUUGUAGGAGAGAGAUCAAAAGGAAUAUCUUUUGCUGAAAGAUGCUUUCGAAAAAGUGAAGAAUAAAGUCGCGAAGUUCCAAGAUAGUAAUACAGAAAGACAGGUUUUUUUUGGUCGCUUUGAUCUAUUUAUGAGUUUUCGACUCAAUUUGUUGAACCUCCGACCUUGCUCUCCUAGUUUUCGGGUAGAUGGGGGUUGCAGAAACUGCUUGACAACGCAUUAAACCAACUCCGGAAAGCACUUGAUGGGCCUGGACGCACCGGCCAAAAUGACAUGCGUAUGAUCUACGCCGAUCUCUUGAACAAGGUUAUCGGAAAAUUGGCAACCAAUGAUUUUCUUUUCUUAUUUUCAGUCCAGACAACUUUCUUUCGACGUCAACGAUAAACUUCUACCAGAUGUUUAG